UCCUCAGUUCACCUCUUGUUUUGCCCACAGUAUCAGUACUGUGUAAGCUUCACCUCAAAGCUUGCCUAGAUUCUUUCACCAUCAUCGAGCAUUGUCCUGAAAAGAAGAAACAAAACUCUCUGGAAGCUUCUAGAUAACCCUAGCGAGACUGUUUCCUUCGAAGUGAGAGACACAAUCUGAAUCUCAAUCUGCAACGAAGUUCCAAUGGCAUUUUGGUGGCCCUUAAUCGUUCUAGCGAUCGCUUUUGCCAUCUGCAAGUUCCUUCUCAUUCUCAUUCCUCCCAAGGUUCCUUCCAUCGAUGUUGACGCUUCCGAUGUGUUGGACGUUGGAAACCAAGAGCAGGAGAAUAGCUUCAUAUAUGUGCCUCCAAGGGGAACGGCGCAGCAAUCAAGCAAGAAAGUUCAGUGUUAUGAGCCUGCUACCAUGAAAUAUUUGGGAUAUGUUCCUGCAUUGACGCCGGAUGAGGUAAGGGAGCAAGUGGAGAAAGUACGGAAGGCUCAAAAGAUGUGGGCAAAGACCAGCUUCAGGCAAAGACGCCAGUUUUUACGUAUACUUUUGAAGUAUAUAAUUAAACAUCAAGCACUUAUAUGCGAAAUAUCUUCGCGUGAUACUGGAAAGACAAUGGUAGAUGCCUCAUUAGGAGAAAUAAUGACAACAUGUGAGAAGAUCAAUUGGCUACUGUCAGAGGGUGAGCAUUGGCUAAAGCCUGAGUACCGAUCCUCUGGAAGAUCAAUGUUCCAUAAGAGAGCCAGAGUAGAAUUUCAUCCCCUUGGUGUUAUUGGUGCCAUUGUGUCGUGGAACUAUCCUUUCCACAAUAUUUUUAACCCUAUGCUGGCAGCAGUUUUUUCUGGAAAUGGCAUUGUGAUUAAGAUAUCGGAAUAUGCAAGUUGGUCUGGGUGCUUUUACUUCCGAAUCAUUCAAUCAGCCCUUGCUGCCAUAGGAGCUCCUGAGGACCUUGUUGAGGUGAUAACAGGGUUUGCUGAAACAGGAGAAGCACUGGUAUCUUCUGUUGAUAAAGUCAUUUUUGUAGGAUCCCCUGGGGUUGGUAAGAUGAUAAUGAGAAAUGCUGCUGACACACUUAUACCAGUUACCCUUGAACUUGGUGGAAAAGAUGCAUUUAUAGUUUGCGAAGAUGUAGAUGUGGACCAUGUUGCUCAAAUUGCUGUCAGGGCUGUUCUUCAGUCAAGUGGGCAGAACUGUGCUGGUGCUGAACGAUUUUAUGUCCACAGGAACAUUUAUUCAGUCUUUGUCAGUAAAGUUACCAAGAUUAUAAAAUCUGUUACAGCUGGGCCCCCGCUUGCUGGAAAGUAUGAUAUGGGAGCUUUAUGUAUGCAUGAGCAUUCUGAAAACCUUGAGAGCAUUAUAAAUGAUGCUUUAGACAAAGGAGCUGAAAUUGUUGCACGUGGAAGUUUUGGACAUAUAGGUGAAGAUGCAGUUGAUCAGUAUUUUCCCCCUACGGUGAUUGUGAAUGUCAAUCACUCAAUGAGAUUGAUGCAAGAGGAGGCAUUUGGACCAAUCAUGCCAAUAAUGAAAUUUAGCUCUGAUGAAGAGGCUGUCAGGCUUGCAAAUGACUCAAAAUAUGGGCUUGGCUCUGCUGUUUUCUCAGGCAGCCAGAGCCGUGCUAGAGAGAUAGCUUCCAAGAUACAUUGUGGGGUUGUCGCAGUUAAUGAUUUUGCAGCAACAUACAUGUGUCAGUCCCUGCCAUUUGGGGGCGUGAAACACAGUGGAUUUGGACGAUUUGGUGGUGUUGAAGGCUUGCGAGCAUGUUGCCUUGUAAAAUCUGUGGUUGAAGAUAGAUGGUGGCCAUUCAUCAAAACAAAGAUACCGAAGCAUAUUCAGUAUCCUGUCGCAGAAAAUGGAUUCGAGUUUCAGGAGUCGCUUGUUGAAGCACUAUACGGGCUCAGCAUAUGGGACCGUUUGCAAGCAUUGGUUAACGUUCUGAAAAUGCUUACUGAGCAUAACGCUACCAGUCGCAGCAGAAAGAAGCAACUUGACUAAUCAUGUCAGGGAGGGUAACAUGCCAAAUAGUUCCUAUUCAUAUCAUCAUAUUCAAAUAAUUGACGGCUUUCGGUUUGUCAUUUAUCUCCAACUUAAUUUGUGGUAGCCGUUAUUCCUGCCGCUUUUGCAGCGAUAAUUCAAGGACGAU